AUGUCAAACGCAAAAAUAUCAGACACUGGGAAAUCCAGCAAGCGAAAGAGCAACAAUUCGCCAAUAGAUGAAAGCACCCUGAGACGCAUAUCUGACGCCCCAGAGGAGCCUGGGCCGGAUUCAAGAGACCAAUCAGGCUACUAUCGCCGCCUUCUUCAGGAUGUUUUCGAGGUGAUGCGAUCGGUUGAAGACCAUCAGCAAGAACUACUCCAAAUGAUCAAAGGUCAUGCUCCAUUCCACCAGAUCAGAAAUUAUCUAGACCAAGUGUUGCCAGAUAAACAUGUGACCAAGACAGAAGAAGCUUCUAAGAAGGCGAAAGUCGAUGAUAUCUCCGAAAAUGACACAAUGCAACCUCGACCACACGCGAUGGAUAUCAGCUACCUGUGUGACAAUGCCCCAUACAAGGUCCCUGCAAAGCCAUGGACGAAUGUUACCGACGACGACGAUCUUGUCUCACAUUUAGUGUCCUUGUACAUGACGUGGGACUAUCCGUUCUAUGCAUUCUUCGAUCGCAAGACGUUUUUGGAGAAUAUGGCGAAGGGGAAUCUGAACUCCGACUUUUGCAGUCCAUUUCUUGUCAACGCACUGCUAGCAAAUGCAUGCGACUAUUCUCAAUACGCCGAGGUUUACACAAUAGCAGGAGACACUAAUACCAAAGGUGCUGCUUUCCUAGCCGAAACGGAAAGCUACAUGAGAACACAUUCUUUUGAACGGGGAGGUGGCACUCGGCUAGCUACCCUUCAAGCAACUCUACUACUAUAUGAAAGAUAUUCUGUGCUGGGCAAUGAAGACUUUGGCUACACCAUGCUUCACCGUGCAAUAGAGAUGGCAGAAGAACUUGGGAUUGUCAAUUGCGACAAGCUGAACCUGAGAAGUUCCCAGUUGUCCGAAGACAUGAUCAGGUCGAUCCAACGCACUGCAUGGGGUAUAUUUCAAAUUGAUACCAUUGUGCAUACUAAUUUUCUCAAACCGAGUCGUGUGCACGAAGUCAGUGUGCAUCGACUCCCUCGAGAAGAAAAUGGCAAAGAGGAUUGGGCCCCAUAUCCGAUAUCGAGCCAAACCCGGCCAUCCUAUAUGAAUCAAUACUUUGACGAGGCAUGCAGUUUGUCUUACAUUGCUCGCGACAUCUCAAGAAGCGUGCAAAUAGCGGAGCAAAAAAAUAUCAACGUGAAUGAGGUUAAGCAGGACGUGUAUAAUCGGCUUCGUGAAUGGGAAGCUAAGCUGCCAGAGGUGUUCAACCUCAAAGACAACCCUGCGCCGCAUAUCUUACUCCUCAGCUACUCGUCAUUCGCAACCAUGGAUAAACGAGUACCCAUGAACCUGGAUCCAGGGAAGGGCUAUUCUGCUCUAGAUGUGGCAAUCUCGUCCGCAAGGCAGAUCUCCAUCGUAGUCCAGAUGAUGAGGAAGGAGUAUGGAAUGCGAUACGUGCAUCAAUUUGCCAUGUACGCAGUGAACGUUGCUAUAUACACCUUGCUGGAGCAGCCCUCUUUCGACAUUCUUGAUCCCGACUUUUUACACCUCACAGGCGCAUUUGCUGCCAUUUCAAGUCGAUCUCAGGUGGGAAAGAGCCUGUAUCACUUCUUCAAAUUGUCUGUUCGGUCUCGAGACUCGGGUCAUCGACUAAACACCCUCGAUGAAAUUCCUUCUGAACUCAAGGAGAUAUUCGCUCAAGUUCGCCAAGUCAAUGAACCGACGAAGUCAGGAAAUGACACAAAGUCUCCCCACACAUUGGAAAAUAAUACACAAUCCAUGCCAUCUCCAGGGCUGAAGGAUAUGAUCGGGGAGUAUGAGAAACUCAGCGUGGGCAAAGAAGAGAGACCAUUUGAUCAUCGGGAGAGUGCCAAUUUUGAUUUCUGA